AUGACUACUGAAGUUGCUGAAGACAAGAAGUCGACCUCACGUAAGAGAAAAACAGACGAGACUGUUGAGCGUAAAACAAAUCCUAGACGUGCCGCGAAAACUAAGGCAGAAGAGGCAAAAGCGGCUGCUUCGACCUCAGCGAAAACUCAGGAAGGUAGCAAGACUAAAUCUACUAAAAAAACUAAGACUGAGAAAGGUGACGGGCCAAGCCUUCCUCCUGCUAAAAAGUUUGUAGAUAAUGCUCAUGAACUUAAAGUGGUAAUCACUCAACUUCUCGGAAAAGAGGGAAAUCAAAGUAGUGACAAUAAAGUUAAAGAAGGUGAAGAGGAAAAGGAGCCCGCAAAUGCCGAAGCCCCAAAAAAUGGAGAUAGCUCAUCUAGAGAACCUUUGUUCACUUUGACGGCCAAGCCUCAAAAGCAUAGUACUGGUAACUAUGGUUGGACGGCGAAUGUUACCAAACAAAAGAUCAAGGUCGAAAUUGAUGGUAAUGAAGUAGAAUUGCCAGUCACAAUUAAUUUCAAUGUGACUGUCAGUGGAUCAAAAAAAGGAUAG